GACGGGAAGCGCAGCGCUGGAGGACCACAGAGAAGAAGAUGGCUGCGACGGGGCUCGACGGGCCAGCGCUGUACCUCUUGCUCCGAGACGGCUAGAGAGGGGAUAGGGGGUAAAUAUGGGGUCGCAGACCCUCCAGAUCCUGCGGCAGGGCGUGUGGGCGUCGGUGACGGGAGGAUGGUACUACGACCCCCACCAGAACACCUUCGUGAACGCGCUUCACCUUUACCUGUGGCUGCUGCUGCUCUGCCUCCCGUUCACGCUCUACAUGGCCUUGCCCCCCACGAUGGUGAUUGUGGGUAUCUACUGCGGGGUGAUAGCAGGUAUGUUUGUGCUGCUGAAGGCAGUGAAUUAUCGCCUGCACACUGCGCUGGAUGAAGGGGAGGUGGUGGAGCUGCGGGCCAAAGGGAGCGAGGGACGGGGCCAGGGGACAGAGCGCCAACGUGAGGGUACCGGCACCCGGCAGGAAGACUCAAACGGGCCUGGGGAUCCAGGGGGUGGAAUAGAGAUGUCUGAUUUUGCACGGGAGGAGACGCCACCGGUCGACUGCAGUUCACGGAACUCUUACGUAGGAAUGGACUCUAACCAUCAGAUAACAUCCCAUGGAGGCUCAGUCACCACCAAACGGGCAGGUGUUGGAAAGGCUCCUGAUGAUAUCAGUUUGAGUUUGGCUCAGAGUUGCAGUCAAGACCAAGAUAUGAUGUCGGACCCAAAGAUGUUCUGCCUCGUCUCCAAUGACUCUUUUGCCUCCAUGCAGCCAUCAACCUCAUUGGCUCAGGACCUUUAUGGCUCCACCCCUCACCCUUUUAGUCAGUCCCUGUCCUCUUGUGACACAGAAAUUACUGCCCAUCUUUCCACCCACUCACAGUCUUUCCGGAAAGAGUCAUCUCGACCUCGCGGAUUGCCACGCACCUCAAGUUCUGCGGGAUCUGCGUUUCCAGAUCCUUCUCUGCCCGAGUUCAGCCUGUACCCUCCACCCCGUCGGGGAGGACUGGAUCCUGUCUGCGAAAUGGAGGCCUCCAGGUCCCAGAGGGCGACAGAGAGCUCAGAGCAGCCGGACUCUGGAACUCCCAGCACUUCAGGAACAGAGUGUCACAGAUAUCAUCCGAAGGAAUGCCGCAGGUUAUCACGGUCUGUCUCCCGAGAGACAGGGGAAGGAGAUUGUGCUGGGGAAGGGGGAUCUGGGUUAUACCAGUCGGAGGGUGUACAGGGGGGUCGGGAAAGAAAAGGUGGACGGAGUGCCGAAAGUUUGCGGAGUUUAAGUACACGCAGUAGCGGCUCCACUGAGAGCUAUUGCAGUGGGACGGACCGGGAUACCAACAGUACUUUGAGUAGCCUGCACAGCGAGCAGACCAGCUCCACGCACGUAGAGAGCCUGCUGUCGCUGUCCGGGGACGAGAAGGUAAAUGCGGGACAUGCCGACCCGCGUAACUCUAAUGUGGCCUCGGGGGAGGCUAAUAAAAACCCCCAUGCCAAUGAACUUGCUACCAAAUUGCCCAUUGGCGAUGCUCCCAAACCCGCAAACUCUGAGGGCCAACAGGGGGAGGGAACUGUGGAGGCGGCAACAAGGACUAGCGUAGAUGUCUCUGCUGGUCUCUCCCACCAGCACCAGGAGGCAGAACUAGACAAAAUGCGUCCCAAAACAGCCAAUCUCGUUCACCGGGCUGCCUCCUCGUCUGCUGCCAGCCGUAGUGGCCGGCGACGAAAUGGUAAGCAGCGAGCAAGCAGUUUUGACGCCAGCAGACACCGGGAAUACAUUUGCGGACGUGGCAUGGCAAAGCCUCGCUCUGCGGUGUUCAUGAAAGGAGAGGAAGACUCGAGUGAUCAGAGCGAACUUAGUUGUGCCUCCAGUCUACACUCCACCCACCAGCUCAGCACAGACUCCUCAUCCAGCACACCCCACUCCUGCCCCUCUCCCGAGGAUCGACGUGGCCCCUCGCUGCGGGCCAAAAUGAACGGUGCGCAAACCCACAGUCAGAGGGUCAAGGAAAAGGAACGGGAGAAAGACAAGGAGAAGGGAAAGCGCAAGGCUUCGCGACGCACUCCGAGUACAGGCAGCGCCAAAACUCACGCCCGGGUCUUGAGCCUGGACAGCAGCACUACUGCUUGCCUUAAUGACCCCCACCAUUUGGGAGCACCAGCAAGUUCUAGACCCCUUACCACCUCCAAGUCAGACUUGGAGGCAAAAGAGGGGGAGGUGUUGGAUGCGGCAUCCCUGCUGGGAAGAGCCUCUCAGCUUGAGUCAGUGACCCGGUCGAGAAACAGUCUGCCCUGCCCUAUUUCUCUUAGUCACACUCAAGACACAACCACAGGAUCUCGAGCCCCAGGGAACGACGACACAGUCACAUUUCGCCGAGAGCGUAGUACGUUUCGUCGACAAGCGGUGCGUAGACGGCACAACGCAGGAAGUAACUCCACACCCCCCACCUCUCUCAUCGGAUCCCCGCUCAGUCUGCAGGAAGCUCUGAGUCAGGUAUCUCAAGCUUCAGGGUCACAGGUCAGAGGUCAGCCAUCCCGCACGCCGUCUCAGGUGACGGUAUUGAGCACUAGCGCCUCCCUGCUGGUCAGGAAUGGAAGUGCGCAGCUGGAGGGCUGUCCGGAUAAGGCGUCCACUGUGGGCGUGGCCAGCCUGCAGGAUGACUUUGGGAAGCUGACCCCACCUCUCUAUGAGGUCGGAGGAUGUGACAUGUCCCUGGUGAACUUUGAACCUGCAACAAGGCGAGCCUCCAACAACCUCUGGGAAACAGACUCCCACCUCUCCAGUUCUACCUCAGUUCGUUUUUACCCUCAUGACCUGUUCUCCUUCCCUCAGAUGCGUCUGAAUCGUUUGCUGUCCAUGGACCCAGAGCUGUUGGAACAGCACGAUGUGGACGGGAGUCCUGACCUACAGGAGGCGCCGCACCGCUCGCAGGACUCCACGCAUAAUCACACACACUCACACACGCACCCACACAAAACCAAGCAGUACUACCGUCUCUGGCUGCUGCCGUACCUGUGGGUCGGGCUGCACUUUGACAGACUCACACUACUUGCCCUCUUUGACAGGAACCGGGAGGUUCUGGAGAAUGUGCUUUCAGUGGCUCUGGCGGUUCUUGUGGCCUUCCUAGGUUCUGUGCUGCUAGUUAAUGGCUUCUUCACUGACAUUUGGGUCUUUCAGUUCUGCCUCGUUAUUGCCAGUUGCCAGUACUCAUUGCUGAAGAGUGUCCAACCUGACUCUUCAUCACCCCGACAUGGUCAUAAUCGAAUCAUCGCUUACAGCAGGCCUGUGUAUUUCUGUCUGUGCUGUGGGCUGAUUUGGCUGUUGCACUAUGGGAGUGUAAACAGCAGCUCCACGGCAGUGUCUCUGUAUGGAGUCGCUCUCACCAGCUCCGUCCUGCUGUCUCAGGCGCGGGAUCUCCUCAUUGUUUUCACCCUGUGCUUUCCCAUCAUCUUCUUCGUUGGGCUGCUCCCUCAGAUUAACACUUUCGUCAUGUACCUGCUUGAGCAACUUGACAUUCAUGUCUUUGGAGGAAAUGCAUGCACCAGUCUGCUCUCAGCUCUCUAUAGUGUUGUACGCAGCGUCGUCACCAUAGCGAUGCUCUAUGGAUUCUGCUAUGGCGCCCUAAAGGACUCGUGGGAUCCUCAGCACAUUCCUGUGCUUUUCUCAGUGUUUUGUGGGCUGCUGGUUGCUGUUUCAUACCAUCUCAGCCGCCAAUGCAGUGACCCCUCUGUUCUCAUUUCAUUAUUGCAAUCAAAGGUCUUCCCUAAUGUGAAAGAGAAAAAUCCAGAGGACCCCCUUUCUGAAGUUCAGGAUCCUUUACCUGAGAAACUCCGCAGCUCUGUGAAUGAGAGACUACAGUCAGAUGUGAUUGUGUGCGUCGUCAUUGCUGUCCUGUAUUUCGCCAUUCAUGUCAGCACCGUCUUCAUUGCCUUACAGCCUUUUUUGAGCUAUGUUCUGUAUGGUCUGGUUGGGGCAGUAGGGCUGUUGACUCACUACCUGUUGCCCCAAAUGAGGAAGCAGUUACCCUGGUACUGUUUCUCACACCCGCUGCUCAAAACCAGGGAGUACUAUCAGUUUGAGAUCCGGGGUGCUGCCCAUGUCAUGUGGUUUGAGUGUACACAUGUGUGGCUGCUAUUUGUGGAGAAAAACAUCCUCUAUCCACUCGUUGUGCUUAAUGAGCUGAGUGGCAGCGCGCAGGAGCUCGCCAGCCCCAGGAAACUCAACACAGAGGUCGGGGCUCUAGUGAUAACUAUCGCUGGGCUGAAGCUGCUGCGUUGUUCCUUCAGUAGUCCAACAUAUCAGUAUGUCACUGUCCUCUUCACGGUCCUGUUCUUCACAUUUGAUUACCAGCAGUUUUCUGAGACGUUGCUGCUGGAUCUUUUUGUUAUGUCCAUCAUUUUCAGCAAGUUAUGGGAGCUCUUUUAUAAGUUGAAGUUUGUUUAUACCUACAUCGCACCGUGGCAGAUUACCUGGGGCUCUGCCUUCCAUGCCUUCGCCCAGCCGUUUGCAGUGCCACACUCUGCCAUGUUGUUUGUACAGGCCAUUGUGUCUGCUGUGUUCUCCACUCCAUUAAACCCUUUUCUUGGCAGUGCCAUUUUCAUCAGCUCCUACGUACGACCUGUGCGCUUCUGGGAGAGAGAAUACAAUACUAAGCGGGUCGAUCACUCCAACACUAGACUUGCUUCACAGCUUGACAGAAACCCAGGUUCAGAUGAUAAUAACCUGAACUCCAUCUUCUAUGAGCACUUGACGCGGUCCCUGCAGCAUUCUCUGUGUGGAGACCUGCAGCUGGGCCGCUGGGGAAACUACAGCACCGGAGACUGCUUCAUCCUGGCAUCUGAUUACCUCAACGCUCUCGUUCACCUGGUUGAGAUCGGCAACGGUCUCAUCACUUUCCAGCUCAGAGGACUUGAGUUUAGAGGGACGUACUGCCAGCAGAGGGAGGUGGAGGCGAUAACAGAGGGAGUUGAAGAAGAUGAAAGCUGUUGUUGCUGUGAGCCUGGUCACCUCCCCCAUCUGCUGUCCUUUAAUGCUGCGUUCGGGCAGCGCUGGUUGGCCUGGGAGGUUCUGGUCACUAAAUACGCCCUGGAGGGCUACAGCAUCACCGAUAACAGUGCCGCGUCUAUGCUGCAGGUGUUUGAUCUGCGGCGAAUCCUCACCACCUACUAUGUUAAGGGCAUCGUUUACUAUGUCAUUGCAUCUCCUAAACUGGAGGAGUGGCUGGCGAAUGAAGCCCUUCUGGAGGGCUUGAAGAGCUGCGGAGAACGAAAUUAUGUUGACCUAGAUCCCACGUUUAACCCCAAUAUUGAUGAAGACUAUGACCACAGACUGGCUGGAAUCUCCAGAGACAGUUUCUGCUCUGUCUACCUCAGCUGGAUCCAGUACUGCAACUCACGGAGAGAGAAGCCACUGGACAGUGAGAAAGACUCUGCGUUGGUUUUACUGUGUUACGGUCUGUGUGUUUUGGGAAGAAGAGCCCUGGGAACUGCAUCUCACCAUAUGUCCAGUAAUCUGGAGUCUUUCCUAUAUGGGCUGCAUGCCUUGUUUAAGGGAGAUUUCCGGAUCUCAUCUGUAAGAGACGAAUGGAUCUUUACUGACAUGGAACUGCUGAGGAAGGUGGUUGUCCCUGGAAUUCGCAUGUCACUUAAACUGCACCAGGAUCACUUCACCUCCCCUGAUGAGUAUGAGGAAUCAUCUGUGUUGUUUGAGGCGAUUUCUUCGCACGAGCAGACACUGGUGAUUGCUCACGAGGGUGACCCGGCCUGGCGCAGCGCUGUCCUGUCCAACUCUCCUUCUCUGCUCGCCCUCAGACAUGUAUUGGACGAAGGCACCAACGAAUACAAGAUCAUCAUGCUUAACAGACGCUACCUCAGCUUCAGGGUAAUAAAGGUGAAUAAGGAGUGUGUGCGCGGCCUGUGGGCAGGACAGCAGCAGGAAUUGGUGUUUUUGCGGAACCGAAACCCGGAGCGUGGAAGCAUCCAGAAUGCCAAGCAAGCACUACGCAAUAUGAUCAACUCUUCAUGCGACCAGCCAAUCGGAUAUCCCAUCUAUGUCUCGCCCCUGACAACAUCUUAUUGUAAUACACACCCCCAGCUGGGACACAUACUGGGAGGACCAAUCAGCAUCGCCAACAUACGAAACUUUAUCGUCAACACGUGGCAAAGACUGCGUAAGGGUUGUGGCGCUGGCUGUAACAGUGGCGGGAAUGUUGAAGAUUGUGAUGCGGGUGGCUUGUCGUGUGGCAGUGGGAAUUCUGGGAAUUCUGGGACAGCAGCGAGUGAUUCCCAACACAGCUCAGGACCCACAGUGCUGCACGCUUACACGCCUCAUUCUCUGGGUACAAGUCAGAGUUCUCAGUCAGUGCAGUCUGGUUUGGUUCGUCAGUCUCCUGCUCGUGCGUCUGUCAUCAGUCAGUCAUCCUCGUAUCGUCACAGCAGCAGCCGCCAGUCUUCACUCCGCACGUCUGUGACGGGUCUGGAGCCCUGCAGACGUUCCUCCAGCAGCCAGCUCUCUCUCCGUACUCUGCCCACUUCCCUCCAGCUCCGGCUGGGCACCAACGCGUCAGCCGCCAUCCCCGACCCACCCGGCCCCUCCAGCUCCCUCUCAGCCCACUCCAUCCCGCCCUGCAAACGACACGCCCACACGCUUGCCAGCCUGCUGGGAAACGAAGCCUUAGGGCUGGGGACGGACAACCAUCCUCACCCCCACCAUCAUCUUCACUACAUCCACCAUCAUCAUCACAAUCCCUCGCUGUCCUGUCUGAGAAGGGACGACAUUUCCUACAGAGUGCAGAUUGUGGAUGUGAGUCAGGUGUUGGAUGUAAUGAAUCAUCCCAAGAGGAAGGAGCUGGUGUGGCCAGAUGAGAGCAUGAGACUGAGAUCUGGACGCAACUUUUGGAGGGACUGGAGUCCCCUAGAAGGCAUGGAGGGUCACGUGGUUCAUCGUUGGGUGCCAUGCAGUCGUGAUCCGGUUAGUCGGUCUCACAUUGAUAAGACCAUCCUGCUGGUCCAGGUGGAUGAUAAAUUGGUUCCCAUUAUAGAGACGGGAGUGAUUGAACUGGGGGCAGAAGUGUGAGGAUGCACUCGUCUAAUGUCAGGCCAGAGGAAGAAUGAGGCCACACUCACUUCCAGCUGCUGAUCAGGGCGCAGGAAGCCAGGGAAUCGUGCAAAUGGAGAAGAUACACACUCACACGAGCUGCAAGAAGCACAUUUGCUCAAAUCUGGACAGAAAGCUGCCUUGCGCUGUGUUCCUCAGAUAUGCUGCAUGAGAGAUCAGCUCCUGUAAACUCUUCUCUCUCCUUUACGAGCAGCUGCGGUUUCGUUCUGUUAUUUAGGUUCUAUGCAUCUCAUCAGCUGUCUGUAAACUCAUGCAAACUCACAGGGAACACUACAACCGAGCUUGAUGUACACGCAGAGAAGAGUUUUUUUUUAUUACAGCUAUAAUUAAGUUUUAUUUUGUAUUUCUGCCAAAUUAAGUCAGGUGCACAGUGCUGCCCUGGACAUGCAGUGAAUCAUGUGACAGACUGUGUUUUACUAGCUGCCAAGACAGAUGAUCACGGUGAGGAUGAUGGUGAUGAUAAAAAGGAAGCAGGUGCUUCUGAUACAGAGCAUCCUUACUCUUCAUCCUCGUUUAUUUUGUUGAGGAUCCAUUUGAUAACAGAGAGGUGUUAUGAGAAACUUUAACUUGCACUAUGAUUUGUUUUGUUUUUGAUUUGCAGCUGUGCACUACUUUCUAAGAUCACACAUUAUUUAUUCCUUCACGGUUUGAAUCGCCAUGGUUACCGAUGCCUUUGGAAUGCAAAAUGCGAAAUCAUCGACACAUUCGUUUCUGCCGUUUUGACAGUUUUUCUUUAGCUUGAGGACAGAAGUGGUUUUUAACCACAUGUAGUUAUGUAUGAAUAUAUAAAUGUGUCUGUAAAAAGAUUUGGCUUUGAAUAUUUAUUAUUGUAUUUACAUUUUGUUAUAUUGUUUUUCAUUUACAGGACAAAUAAAGACAAUGCAUAAAUAUUA